AUGGAUGUGUCUGCCCAAGAAUCUAAUGGGCCCAAAAUAAAGCCGUUGAAAGGACAUAUUGUGUCUGUUCCUACAGUGCAGGAGACAAAUCCGACAUUUGAAUUCGGCGAUGCAUAUACUGUUGAAAUAAUACAGAAAUGUGCUUCACAAGUCACCAAAGUGCUCGACAAGGCAUUCCCGAAAGAUCUAAACCUUCCAUUCACGCAUCUCCGUAGAUUCGCGAAGAGGGAAUUUUUGCCGGAUGCAAUCAAGACUCAGAUCGACAAUGAGAAGGAGAAGACUCCGUUGCCAACAGCAGUUACGGAAGAUGGUGCUGAAAUAGAGAAUGAAUCAACACAAACACCACCACCACAAGUGACGAUAUUCGUCCUGAUACCACCGCCAUUACCAGAGGCGGAUCAACUGAGGAUCCUCCUAGCACCAUUCGUUCCUUCUUCAAUAUCAUCAAACCCACAAAAUGAUGAGUCUGGAGUGAAGGCAUCAAUUCCAAUCCACCGCGUAACAAUCCCGCUCCAACCCCCUUUCAACUCCCAGCAAGCAGAAACGUGGUCCAAAAUAUACUGGCCUACAAACUUCAACGCCGCCUCUCCACGCGGUAUGAUUGCGCCUCCGCCCAAGAUCUUGAAUGUCACGCAGACGAGCAUCGCGCCGAAUGCGGGGUAUUAUUUGUCUCUGGCAGGCCAGGUUGCGCGAGAAGCGAAAGGGGCGGGAAGAGGGAGGGGGAUUGGGGUUGUUAUCGUUGACCCUGCUAUUGCGGCUAGUUCGCGGAGUAAUGGUGCUACCCUAACAGAGGAUGAUGAAGAAGGGGAUAAUGGCGUUGUAGCCGUUGCAGGAGAUGCGAGAUAUUGCGCUCCUGGGCUUGCGAGCAGGGACAAUCUAGGGGAGGGGGUAUAUGAAGCCGAUUGUGAGGGCGGACCUGAAUUUCAUGCUAUUAUGCGAGCGGUUGAGAUGGUUGCUACGAGACGGAGGGACGAUAAAGUUGCGAUGGCCACUGAUAAAACUGCAUCUAUACGCAACACGUCGCUUACGCCGCUCGAGUCGCAUUAUUUGUGUCGACCGGCGUCUCCGUCACAAUAUACAUCAAUAACUGAAACAGAUACGCAUACCAACCAAAAUGCAGGCCGGAUACUUUCUCGAGCUGCGGGUGGAUAUCUCUGCACCGAUUUGGAUAUAUACAUCACACAUGAACCGUGUCUAGCGUGCUCGAUGGGUAUGCUACUGUCACGGUUUCGAGCAAUCACGUUUCCGCGACGGGGUAGACUUGUCACCGGGGGGUUGGCCUCAAUGGAGAUCCCACAGUCUUCGAGCAGAGCAAAGCUCGAAAGCUCUGGAAAUAUUACUAAUGAUAAUAAUGAUGAGGAGGAUGGUGGCAACGAAGAUGGAGGGAAGCCGCCACAAAAAAGGGAAACAUAUUACGGUCUACAUUGGAGGAAAGAGCUGAAUUGGAGAGCGAUGUGUUUCGAGUUUGUGAAUGACGAGGAUACUGAUUUAUAUGAUGAACAGGAUGGCAUAGAAAGGAUUAGUGAUUAUCAUGCUUGA